UUUAAGUAGAUUCACUACUUCACUGUCUUAUAGUCAAUAGUAUGAAAAUGAAGCAAAAGAAAAAUAUAGGGGAUAUGUCAGCUGAGGAGUUUAUGAGGUAUGGUCUUGAUACUGAUGAAGAAAAAGGAAGUGACAAUGAGGAGGAAGAAAAACAUGUAAAGUUGAGAUCAAACAAGAAAACAAAAAAUCCAAAGAAAAAGGCUGUAACAUCUGAAUCAAGUGUACACAAAAAGCAAAUUGAUCGCUUAAAGGAUAAAGAUCCAGAGUUUUACAAGUUUCUCCAAGAAAAUGAUGAACAACUUCUUGACUUUUCUGGUUCUGAUGAUGACAGUAACAAAAAUAAUGAAGAUCAGACAGAAGUUGAUGAUGAUGCUGACAAAAAUGAUGAUGACAAAAUUGAUGAUGAUCCAAGUUUUGAUGACAGUGAUAGUGAUGACGAGGAGAAUGGAAAUGAAUCAAUGGGAUCAAUAGAAGAUGAUGAUGAUGAAGAACAAAAUGAAGAAGACAAAGAAGAAGAAGAGCUAACACAAAGUGGAAAGGUAGUGGACAUGGAGAUAAUUAAAAAAUGGAAAGAAAGUUUACAGAAAGAUUCUGUAAAAACUUUAAAAUGUGUUUUCAAUGCCUUUCAUGCAUCAGUGGAACAAUUAUCUCCUGAAGAUGAUGAGAAAUUGAAAAAAAAGAGUAAAUAUGUUGUUCAUGGUGGAACCUUAUUUAAUAGUAUUGUCGCAUUGUGUUUUAAAUAUUCUGUGGAUGUGCUUGAAAAAUAUCUUGCCUAUGUCAAAGAGAAGAAAGUUAAGAAAACACAUUUGCCAUCAUCUGGUAAACAGUGGAUGAAUGUAAAAAUGCAAGUUAAACAAUAUCUUAUGGAUAUUUUGCAGUUACUGCGUCAGCUCACUGAUCCUACCAUUCUGACAAUUACCCUUCGACAUUGCCAGUUACUCUGUCCAUAUUACGCAUGCUUUCCAAAAAUUACAAAGAUGCUACUAAAGCGGUUAGUGCGAAUGUGGUCUUCUGGAGAUGAACAUGUUCGAGUGCUAGCUUUCCUUUGUAUCAGAAAGCUUUCGAUGUUAGUCCCAACCUUGUUUGAGUAUGCAAUGAAGAAACUAUAUCUCUCCUUUGUUCGCAACUCUAAAUUCGUCAACAUGGCAACAAAACCAACGUUAAUGUUUAUGCGAAACUCUCUUGUGGAGAUAUUCUCUUUGAAUGAAACCGCCACGUACCGUCAUGCUUUUGUUUACAUUCGUCAGCUGGCCAUUCACUUGAGAAAUGCUAUUAUGGUGAAGAAAAAGGAUGCACAUCAAUCAGUGUACAAUUGGCAGUUCAUUAGUUGUUUACAGUUAUGGGCACAAGUUUUAAGUGAAUUAAAUGGUGAAGUUUUAAAGCCUCUUAUUUAUCCAGUUGUGCAAAUAACCCUGGGUGUAAUCAGGCUGAUACCAGCAGCGCGAUAUUUUCCACUGCGUUUUCAGUGUAUCAAAUCGCUUAAUGAAUUAUCCAAGAAGACUGGUGUUUACAUUCCAAUCGCUUCCUUAGUUUUAGAGGUUGUUGAAUCUAAAGAGUUUCAAAAGAAACCGAAAUCUUCCGAAAAACCACCAGAGAUUACUGGAGUUCUCAAACUUUCAAAAACACAAUUACAAACCAAGGGUUUUCAGGAUGUGACCAUUGACAUGGCAUUUGAAGCCUUGAUGGAGCAUUAUGUAAACCUUGCCAACUCUAUCGCAUUUCCUGAACUAGUGUUUCCAGUUUGUCGCAGGUUGAAGCACCUGGCCAAGGUCACGAAAGUGUUUAAACUCACUAAAGAUGUCAAAGUGUUAAUUGAUAAGCUUCAAACUCAUUCAGUUCAUGUGACGAAAGAGCGUUCGAAAGUAGCUUUCUCACCUAAAGAUGUUGAAGAAGUGAGAGCAUGGGAAGCCAAACAAAAAGAGCAAAAAAAUGGCCUUGCUGAUUUUUACGAUACUUGGCAGAAAAUGAGGAAUAUAUCUGAAAAAAAUGAGCAAGUUGAGAAGAAAGUGGUGCCUGCGAAAAGAAAGAAAAAGAAAGGCAUUAAUGAAAAUAAUGAUAAAAAAGUAAAAACUAAGAAAAGGAAAACAAACGAAGGCGCACAAGUUUCGCACGAAGAUGACAUUAUUGAGGACUUUAUGUUUACAGACGAAGAAAGCGAUACAGAGUAAGGAGAGGUAGUAAACGAGACAAUAAUGACGUCAUGAUCUUAUCAAAACACUCAUUGCUGUCGGCACUUCACUGUUUCCUCUGUGGAAACGAGAAAAUUGCUGUUGUCAUUAAAAUCAUUUGUGAAUGUAAUUUUAUUGCUUGACAAACGAAGAAAAUUAAAUCACAUUUUUAUGAAAAUAAUUUUUUGUUAUCAUUGUUGUUAAAAAAACACUUACAUAAGAAAUUGUUAACGUUAACGGUUAAUGUUUUCAAGUAAAGCGUACUGUUUUCACGUCAAAUACGCUUAUUUUAAAUACUCGCUACAAAGAGAGGAGACUGGAAACGACAACAAAGUAAGCCCUGUUUUCUUCCCAGUAUCAAAAUUGACAUAAUGAUAAAGAUGGUAUAUCUGAAAUAUUGUUUGCCUAGAAUUAAAAUAACUGUACAAGUCGACAAUCGAGGAAAUAGAUGUUUUGCGGUACAAAGAGACAAAAAAACUUGGCAUAAGAAUGAAUCAAAUAAGGAAGCCUGAACUACUCAUUCAUUCAUAAUGUACAAACCACGUGGUUUGUGACGAUUCUCGCUACACAUUUCCACGUGAUUUCAUUGAACCAAUGAAUCGUUCGAACAGGUUAGCAUUGAAAAGCCAACCAAUCAACUUUAUGAAUUACCAUUUAAUCUUUUGCCAUAGCCGGGGGUAGUAAGCAAACUUUUAGCCAGCUUUUACAAUUAGUGAACUAUUUUGUGCUACCCCCUGCUAACGUAAUAUACUAAAGUCAGAGAUUUGGCGCCACAAAACACAAGUUUUCCUUUUGAAGCGGAGCAGCUGAAGCGGAAAGACGUUAGCUAGAGACUUCAUUUACCUUUUUAAUACUAUACUACAACUAGAAGAACAUGGCUGACGAAACUGUUACCCAAAAACCAGAACAAACCGAGGCUGCUCCUGAGAAAGAAAA